UUUGGCAAAGAUGACAGAUAAAGGCUGAUUCCUAAUAAAUGAUCCAUUGCUUACGAUUUGGCCCAAACAUCCGUGUGAACAGACACGUGUCAGAUAACCGGAUAAGACAGAUAACCUUGAGCCAUCGAAGGGUUUAUAUAGGUCAGAUCCGGCCAAGAAAGGUUUCACGGUAUCAACAUGAAGCUUCUACUUCUUGUCCUGGGACUUGCCGCUGCGGCCCCCAUUGAGGAUGACGAUAAGAUCGUCGGGGGUUACAAAUGCCCAGAAAGUUCAAUUCCGUACCAGGUGUCUCUGAAUGUUGGAUAUCAUUUCUGUGGAGGGGCCCUCAUCAGCACCUUAUGGGUGGUGUCUGCUGCUCAUUGCUAUCAAAGGCGUAUUCAGGUCCGGCUCGGAGAAUAUAACAUCAAAGAGUUAGAAGGGCCCGAGAUAUUUGUUGCGUCCUCCAAGGUCAUUCCACACCCGCAAUACGACACUUCUACUCUGGAUAACGAUAUCAUGUUAAUCCGGCUAAAAAAGCCAGUAAGGCUGAGCUCCCAAAUAAAGACAGUUAGUCUACCGACUCACUGUGAGGUGACGGGGACGCGUUGUCUCAUCUCAGGGUGGGGGAACACUCUGAGUAAUGGGGAUAAUUAUCCGAAUGUCCUUCAGUGCCUUAACGCUCCGAUUCUGAAUGAUCAGCAGUGCCGUGACGCUUAUCCUGAUCAAAUCACUAAGAACAUGGUCUGCUUGGGCUACCUAGAAGGUGGAAAAGACGCUUGUCAGGGUGACUCCGGGGGUCCUGUGGUUUGUAAUGGAAAACUGCAAGGAAUAGUGUCCUGGGGCCAAGGAUGCGCCUUACCGGGAUAUCCAGGAGUAUAUACAAAGGUGUGUAACUAUGUGUCCUGGAUGGAGGAGACCAUGGACAAAUAGUGCGGGCUCCGGGAGACAAAUUCUAAGCAAUAAAAUUAAAAUGGAAACUUUGGGAUUUUGUAGUUUUUUUCUCCCUGUAAAUGUUUUUGUGUAAUAAAGUAAGAAUCCAAAAAUAAACAACAGAACA